UACCACUCCGAUGGUCGUCGCCGGAGCAGACCCAAGGCUUCGACCUUGCACGGAUGGCUAGUCAAAUGGCGCGCCACAUUUAGUGGAAAUGAGCGCCUUCGACGAGAAGGCAUGCGCGAAAUGCGCGAAGCUAAAGCCAUGCGGGAGUACCUUCGACAGCAGAAAGUCGCUAAGAGAGCCAAGAAUGGUCAGGCGAAGUCGGGACUACUUUCGAUGUUCGGCUUUGGGAAAGCAAAGAAAACGCGGACUCUGAGUCAGAGAUCCGGCACGCUGGCUCGAGGCUCACCGAGUUCUCGUAACAACAGUAGCAGCCGACAAGCGGUCCUUAUGAGACCUCCAGUCAGCAGACGACCUACAAGACAAAGUUCACGACAACCCUCGAAUAAUUCUAGACGGGAUGUCGCGCGAAUGGGAUCUUCUAAGAAAUAA